AAAAAGGCGAUUUUUAUACAAUUUCACAGACCAAUUAACAACGGUUACUCUUUGUUCCGAUUUUGAAAAUUCAAUUUCGUAUUCACUUUUGUACCGCGUAGCGAAGUGGACGUUUCCCGCGUAAAGUUUUGUUUUUAAUUUUUACUUUUAUGUGUUGUAUUUUUGGUGGCCAGUGUUUUUAUACUUUUAAGAAGUCUUAGUGUUGGAUUGUUUUUUUAAUGUACAUAUUAAAUAAUGGAUUUUCGGAUAGACUUACCGUGAGCUACAAGAAAAACUGAAACAAAAUGGCGGAAAAUGAGGGACCUGUUGUCGUGGAGGAUCUGCCGAUAUCAUUCCAGGUGAAAUACCUCGGGCAGAGCGAUGCACGAGGGCUGUGGGGUAUCAAACAUACGAGGAAGCCCGUGGACCUGAUGGUGGCUGCGGCUAAGGCUUUACCCCCAGGCCAAAUCCUCCCCAUCGUGAAACUGGUGAUCUCCGUGGACGGCGUCCACUUGGAGAGCAUCCACCACGGCCCCAAACGAGACUUUGAGCACAUGUCUGUCUUCUUCAAUAUCGAGUCCAUCUCCUACGGGGUCCAGGACUUGGUGUACACGAGAGUAUUCUCCAUGAUCAUCGUUAAAGACAACGCGGACGUGAAGGGUCUUAAUCCUUUCGAGUGUCAUGCCUUCGUCUGUGAGUCCAGAAACGCGGCGAGGCGACUGACGUAUGCGCUGGCGGCUGCUUUCCAAGACUACUCUAGAAGGGUGAAGGAAAUGCAGACCACUCCAGAACUGGACGAGAGGCCACCCAGCCUAAAGAAGAGGUUCGCCAUCGACCUGCGGACACCAGAAGAGAUCGAGGCUGACUUGGAAACCGAAGCUUAAUUUUGUCAAAACAAGACUUAAAGUCCUGUUUCACAAUGUUCAAACAAAGUCAGGACUUAUAAUAAGCUACUUACCAUUUAUUUGAUGAAUAAAGCCAUCGUUGGCGUUUUGCAAUCCUCAAAUAAGCUUAGCUGGCAGAUAAAGUUUUACAGGAAGUUAUAUCGGGCAGUUAAUUUAUCUGUAAAUUAGCUAUCCAAUACUUUACUUGGACGUGAAACAGGCCCUUAUUCUCGUUUUAUAAACGUAAUAAGACAGGGACCACAACCAAAAACACUUGAAAAUUAUCGGAAUUAAACUCUCAAAGGACGCUGCUCGCUGCAGAGAGCAUGAAGGAGGCAUUCGGAGGAGAAAACGAAACGAAACGCUAACAUUUCCAUACAUUAUUCACGUUUAUCUUAGCGUUUCGUUUCGUCUUCUGCAAACGAUUGCCAUCUUGGCUAGGCCCCCUGGUGUGUUACUAAUGAGACAUUACUGCGGUCGAGUUUAUGCUGCCACGAUAUAUUUCAAUAUCCUUCAUUAUAAGUGACGGAUUGAACGUCAUAGUAUAAAUUUAAAAGUGGAACUGCUUUGGGUGAGAUUUGAACUCACAUCCUCUGGAUCAAUGCAACCAUCAGUUCAAUCCAAUCCAAUCAUCUGUACAAGUUUCACCCAAAGUAGAAUUAUCCCACUUUUAAAUUUAUUCUAAGCUUAACAACUCUAGUCGGUGGAGUAUCGCCGACUUAAUCCUACCCAUUUGUUAAGUUUUAAUCUCCUUUCACAACAUUAUGACACAACAAAAUAGUUGUGUGUAAUCGUCAUAUCGUGUCACCAAUAUGAAAGAAGAAGAAAUCCUCUUCAGUUCCCAAUCAUCGUCAUAAUAAAUAUCUUUUUAUCUUGCUAAAUUUAAACUUUAUCAUUCGUUUUUUGUUCAGUUCAACUUCAUACCUCUCAUCUAAAACGCACAGCGCAGGCGUUUUUUAUUUUUUAUUUUACUGGCUCCGGUGAUUUUUAACCGGAUCCGGUAGCUCCUGAAAAGUGCCGGAUCCGGCUGGAUUACCAGAUCUGCCGGAUCGGAUUGCAAUCCCUAACUAUGACAUUCAAUCGUCGUGAGGUGAACGCCACUCAUUUUAUCGAGUAAAUUGACAGAUACAGUGACAAUAAUGCAGCUGCAGUUGACAUCCAAAUGUUACCUUAAGACCUGAAAACCUUAUUCUUACAAAUCUGUACAAUCAGAGUCGUUUUCAGUCGUUCAAGAUUUCUACAGACUUUGCAAUAAAUGGCAUGCGUAUUUAGAUUAUUGCCGGUUAAGUAGGAGCAAUGAAUUCGAUCUAUUAAAUGACGAAUGAUACAAUGUAUCGCAAAUCCCAUGCAAUAAUUUGGGUCAUCCUACAAAAAUGUCAUUCCCCUGGCCAUUCACAAAUUAUCAGGAAUUCCGCUUUUAGCAUCUAAUUUUUGAUGACUGUAACUUGUGCUAAGUACAACAAAAACAGCUAAGCUGAAUAUCCUGGGAAUUUGCGAAUAAGUAUAGCCAGGGAAAUGAGAUUCCAGGGGAAUGAGAGUAGAAUGACCUAAUUAUCGGUGAGGUUUGUAGAUAUUAGAUAUUGGAUUUAUCCGAGAUCCAACAUAUUUAAAAAGGUUUAUGUACAUAAUUCACCAUAGAAGUAAUAAACGAUGUAUUUAUAGUGUUUUGCCUUAUAAAUAUACCCUUAUUUAUAAAUAAAGUACGAGUAUACUACUGUAUUAUGAAGUAAAAAUAAUGUAGUAAAUUUAAGUCCAUGCGUGAUCGGUGUACCAACAUAUUUUUAUAGGUAUUGAUAUGAUUUCGGGCGUGAAUAUGUAAUUCAGAAAUUGUUUGCUAUCGAUAUCGAUAACACUUGUGUCGAUAUUUAAUUAAUCACUAGCACUGGUACGUUUUGCCUCCGAAAACCGGGCUAUGUUCAUGAGAUUACCGCGUUGCGUACUCUUAAUGAAUUUAACCUCCUGAGACCCAGACGCAGUUUUGUUUUUGAAUUUGUAAGGGAGUAGGUAUGGUAUGUUUCAAACAUAGGCCAAAGUGUUUAAUGUCAUUGUCACAGACAAUAAUGUGCCCAUGAAAACCUUUUUACGUCUAUAGAGGCUGUAUAAAAUAUGAUUGUUAAUAUUUAUUAGAAUCCUAAGAUUAUAAAUACCAAAACACACCGUUUGUGAUUUAGCAAAUAGUUUUAAUUGUAGCGAACUGUAUUUUUCUUAAAUAUUAAAUUAAAGACGAAAGUACAUAUGA